AUGGGCAUGGCUUUUUAUGUCAUUUCCGCUGUCGCUGUUCCUGUGGCUCAGCCGGUUGAUCCUGUUGCUGAUGCAACUAACGUUAUGAAGUUGGAGACGCGCGACAAGAAAAAUGAGAACGAUCAGGACCGGAAACGCAAGUGCAGGCGCGACAGAGGGGGUGGCAGGAGGGGCUGCGAUUACGACGAUGAUGACGACGACUACUCCGGAGGCAAGGGCGGACGCCAUGGCGGAGGUCAUAGUGGAGGUGGCGGACGCAGGGGAGGUGACUACGGCGACGGUUAUGGCGAUGGCUACGGAGGCGGUCGCGGCGGAAGAAGGGGUGAUCUCGGCCUUCAACAAGAGCAACCGAACAAGGGCGACCAGAAAGAUAAAGAUCUCCACAAACGCAGCGGCGGCGGUGACUUGGACGACCACGGCAAGGGCGACUGGGCCGACAUCUUUAGUAAACGCGGAUACGGAGGCGGAUACGGCGACAAGGGAGACGGUUAUGGCCAUGGCGGCGACUACUAUCAUGGCGGCUAUGGUAAUUGUAGGGGAGGAGGAAACAAGUGUGGAGGAGACUGGGGGUAUCAUAGGGAGGGCGAGAAGAAUGGCUCUUUGCGCCCUGACCAGAACGCUGGGAACGACAACGUCGCCGACGGCCACUAG